AUGUCAACUCCACCCUCAACCCCAGGAAAUGGAACUGUCGCAGUCCAGAAGAGUAGAAAGCCCCCUAAGCGAAAACCCUUAAGCUGUCUACCAUGCCGGCAGCAUAAGCUCCGGUGCGACAGGCAAAUUCCUUGUGGAACAUGCUCCCGCUAUCGCCGAGAGGACGUCUGUCGACUUCACCCAGCACCACCGAAGGGCAAGUCUCGACGAGUAGCGGCACAGCAUGUGGGAUCAAGUGCUGUUAGUGGCACCGAGCCAUUCCCACAGUCUCAUACUGUCGAGACAGCUCCAUUUCAGGCGACCAACAAUGCCCAGGCUUCCAGAGCUCCAGAGCAAAGGUCCGAACAACUCGUUGGCCAUGUACACAUGAAGUCUGCUGUCCAGGCCAUAAACUCAACUCUAGCGACUCAAACAGGAAGUGUUCUCUCCCAUGGACAAGAUCCGAUUGGACCUUCGGACCCAAUAGUCUUGUUUCCUCAGAUCCUGCCGUUACUUCAACUGCCUUCCGCAGAUGUAGAUACUUGUACCCUGUUGAGUACGGUAGAUACGAUCAGUCAGAAGUUGAGGUGGAAAACACUUCUUGUCAAUCUACUUCCAUCCAGAACGCAGUCCGACAUUCUAUUCAGCUACUUUGUUGAGCAUAUCAACUGGAUCUUCCAUACGGUUCACAUUCCAUCCUUCCGAAAAGAGUAUGCCCAGCUCUGGGAUGGACGAGUUGAGGACAUUGAUCUUAUCUGGCUUUCAUUGCUGUUUUCGAUAAUUUCGUUGGCCGCACUGUAUGUCCCAGUGAAUGCUGUUGAAUUCGUGGGGCUUCAAGGAGACACUAUUCGCCAGCAGGCUGAUCUGUGGCACCAUGCCUCUCUUCAAGCCUUGCAAGCAGGGAACUAUGAAUCCAAACCAAAUCUGACGCAGCUCCAGACUUUCUCGGUAACUCAGUUAUACUGGUAUGCCACCAACAACAUAGAAAUCCUCAAUUCUCGCAUGGCACAGGCCAUUCGACAUGCUCAGAUGAUUGGACUUGACAAAGACACUGUGACUUCGAGAAACGUUGAAGACGAGAUGAGACAUCGAUUGUGGUGGGAUCUCGUCGAUUCAGAUACAUUCCAAUCGAUCUGUCUCGAACGACCUCCUUUAAUUCAAGUACGCUUCACCAAUGUGCCGCUACCUUUGAAUUGUAACGACAUAGACAUCGGUUCGAAUUUUGUUCAUCCAAAAUCCAUGGAAGAGCCGACGUCGAUGAGUCUGAAUAUUCAGCGGGCAAGGAUAUUUCAGAUCAUCAACAAGGUGCUAGUCUCUGAUCCCUUGCAAUUCAAAUCAUUCAAUGCUAUAAGUGAACUCGAUCGCCAACUGCUCGAUAUCAUGGAAAAGCUUCCAUGGUACUUCCAGCUUGAGGCAGAUGGAAGGGGUAAACAAUUCCCGGCUUCAUAUGACUUCCUCAGCUGGCAACACCACAUUCUGCGUACAUGUGUCAGUACCCAGCGAAUCCGCAUGUACCGUCCAUUCUUAGCAGAUCGCACCAACACUGCGUGGACAAAUUGCCUUGUCGCGGUCGAAGAUGCUAUGGCUGUUUAUCGGACGCUGCGAGAAAACAAAUCUGUCGGCAUGCGGCAGAAGUUCUUCCCACAAGCCUACCAAGUAUUUUCGGUGGCGGUCACAAUGGUCACGAUGCUACUGGUCGAGCGUUCAAUGCCACAUUUCACUCGCUUCAAGCGAGAUAUUGAGGCGAUGACGGCUGAUUUGGGGCUUGUCGAUGAACAAGCAUGUCCAGUUCCGGUAGCAGUCAAUGGAAGAAAAGUACUCUUGAAAAUGCUUGCUCUCUUGGAGCAAGGCUGUUCACCUGAAGAUGCUGAAGGUCUAGUGCCUAACAUUUCCAGUGUGAUUGGUGGUGAGAACACGACUCGAGCUUACUUAGGCCGGCGAGGGCUGCAGGAAUCCCCUAGUCAGGUUCCACUUUCGGAUGUGACACCGCAACAUCAACCUCGUCAACAAUUUUCACAGAAUCAUGAAGUAAAUGGAGUUCUCCAAAAUGAAGAACUGACCUCGGCAUUCGAACCUAUUGCUCAAAUUGCUCCAGACGAUGAGACAUCACUGAUGCCAUUUCCUGAGCCUUCAGAUUUCAGUUUCGAUUUUGACGACUUCCAAUUGAGUGAUACCUACGAUCUGUUCGGCUGGGACAUGACUGGGUUACUUUCGGGCGCUGUUGCAUCGGCUAAUAACAGCCAAAGACUUCGUACGGAAGAAGAGACGGGUACAGUCAUAUUGUAG